ACAGGUGGGGUCAUGACGGGUGGCGACCAUCGAGCUGGACGAGCUGCGAGGAAGAGGAGGCGGAAACAAGAAAGCAUCGUCCAGUCAGGUAUCAAUUCAUCUUGUGUUUUAUUGUUGCUGUAUGGGCACAAACUUGUCUCUCUUCUGUUCUGUCCCAUCACUAGUCUUGUUUCUCAUUCUGUCUCUUCAGUGUCUCUGUGUCACCAGCCGCAGUAUGUGAGGCUCAUGAAGUUUCUUCACGAACGUGGAUUCACAUCAACGCUACUGCAGCCAGCACACUUCACUGACACCGGCAGAGGACUGCAAUCUCUCAAGACUAUAAAGCCUGGUGAGCUGCUCAUUUCUCUGCCAGAGUCCUGUCUUCUCACAAGCUCAACUGUACUAGACAGCUACCUGGGAGAGAGCAUCAAGAGGUGGAAGCCCCGCCUCUCCCCGCUGCUGGUGCUCUGUGUCUUCCUGGUGUGUGAGCGGCAUCGAGGGGAGGCCUCCGACUGGUCCCCCUACAUCGAAGUGCUCCCCGCCGCUUACACCUGCCCCGCCUACUUCACUGACGAUGUCAUGGCUGUUCUGCCUGAGAGCGUCAGGAGACGGGCUUCAGAGCAGCGGGAGGCAGUGAGAGAAAUCCACGCCUUACAUAUAGACUUUUUUGAAUCCCUGCAGCCAAUCCUGAGUCAGCCCGUUAAGGAGGUGCUGACAUAUGAAGCAUUGAGGUGGGCGUGGUGCAGUGUCAACACACGCUCCGUUUUCAUGUCCCACCCAUCAAACCCGCUCCUCUCUGGACACGAUGUUUAUGCUUUAGCUCCUUUUCUGGACCUGCUGAACCACCGCCCCGAUGUGCAGGUUCAAGCCAGUUUCAACGAGGCGACGCGUUGCUAUGAAAUCAGGAGCGUCUCUGGGACACAUCAGUACAAGCAGGCCUUCAUUAACUAUGGUUCCCAUGACAACCAGCGCCUGAUGCUGGAGUACGGAUUUGUCGCCUCGGAUAACCCCCACAGUGUGGUCUAUGUGGAUACAGAUCUCCUCUGUGAGGUUUUAAAAGGCGACAGGAGUUUGGAUCAGAAGAUCAGAUUCCUCAGAGAAAACAAUUUCCUUCAUAAUCUCACUGUGUCCUGUGAAGGGCCCAGUUGGAGACUGAUGACAGCUCUCAGACUCUUGUCCCUACCUCAAACACUUUAUAACCAGUGGAGGGCAGUGUUGCUCGGUCAGGCGGUAUGUGAAGACAGAGAGCAGUGGAGCAUCCAGACAGCUAUAACUCUCUGUCACAGACUGCUACAGGACACACACAAGGCUGUGGACAAGAUCUCCUUCCUCCUCCAGCAGUGUGACCAGUCAACCAGGGAGCAGCUGGACGUGGUCCAGGCUCUGCGACAGGAGGAAAGAUGCAUCCUGGGAAGCUGUCUCGAGGCACUCAAAGGCACGCAAAGACAACCAGACAGGCUGUCACCGUGCCAACCUGAUGUUGACAUUUGAUCGGCGGUUUGGCCUACCAGUUGCCAGAAGGAGCAAGGUUAUUGGCUGAACUUGUGAUGCUGGACGGUCUCCGUGUGUCUGCUCUGCUUGUAGACCAGUAUGGCAAAAAAAGACAGCAGGUUUGCAUGAUGGAAGAUUACAGAUUCUAUCCAGUAUGAAGUACUGCCCUGUUAUCAUGGCCAUCAGAACCAUAGACUGUAAAACAGACAGUCAGGUGCACCCUUAGUGGAGCUAAGUGAAGGUCAAAGACACGGUGCUCUGAAAUGACUGUAAACAAACUCUUUUUUUGAACCAUUCUGGAUUCAUGUAAGAAUGUAAAAAAGAAGAGUAGAGAGGAAUCAACACAAAACAAUAGAUACAGAUCUGUUAGUGUGGACUGACACAUCAGCCGUGUUGAUUCUUUUUCAGACUAAAAGCUAGUUUGUGCUGGAACUGACUGACACACUGCGGUUCAGAAAAAAUGAACAUUACAUUAAAAUAUUCUUAAACGACAAGGUCUAUUAAAUAUCAUCUUUAAUAUAUGACAUAAUUAAUGUCAGCACCACUAAUUUCCCACCUGAUUAAAGAUCCAAAACACA